AUGUCCCCUGUGGUUCUCUCUAGUUCAUCCAGUUCCUCUCGGACCGGACACUAUGGUACAGACUUGGCCGAGGCUUCGUCUGUAUGUUUUUCCCCAAUCGCUCUGCCCCCGGGAGUUCUGGCAAGAGUACGCCGGGACGGGGUCCAUCCUCUAUUAGUAGCCCCAUUCUGCCUGGGCCGAGUAUACCUCUCUAAUCUCUGCGACAGCUCUUCAUGGGAGAUUCCGAUCAGGACAGAUCUACUCUCACAGGCGCAAGGCACGAUAGUUCACCCUCGCCCGGAGUUAUGGAAACUAUGGGUGGAAUGGCUGAAGAACGAAGAGAUUAUCGAUCCAGCAGACGAUCGGAAUUUCUACAUCACUAUCGAUCAUAACCUGAUCAUCAAACAGGCGCGGCUUUCUGACACCGCUAACUACACCUGCGUCGCUAAGAACAUUGUUGCUAAGAGACGAAGCACCACAGCUACAGUGAUUGUCUAUGUGAACGGCGGCUGGUCCACGUGGACGGAGUGGUCCACCUGUAGCAGUCAAUGUGGGCGGGGCCUUCAGAAGAGAACCCGCAGCUGCACCAAUCCCACGCCUCUGAACGGGGGGUCGCCGUGUGACGGACAGGCCAUCCAAAAAAUCGCCUGCACCUCAGUUUGCACAGUUGACGGUGAGUGGGCCGACUGGAGCAGGUGGUCUCCAUGUAACACUGAGUGCACGCAGUGGAGGAAGAGAGAGUGUAACGCUCCUGCGCCUCAAAACGGAGGGAAGGACUGCGACGGAGUCACGCUACAGUCACAGAACUGCACUGAUGGACUCUGCCUACAAAGUUCAGUAUAUCAGCUAUCCGUUCAGCCUAAAGGAACGGGAGAGAAGGGGUUUACAUCUGCGCCGGGUGGAGAUGAGGUGGCGCUGUACGUGGGGAUCGUCAUGGCGGUGGUCCUGUGUCUGAUCGUCUCUUCUGUCGUGGCACUGCUCGUGUACCGCAAAACUCAUCGCCGCUUUCACUCUGACAUCAUCGACUCGUCUGUGCUGAACGGAGGAUUCCAGCCUGUCAGCAUCAAACAAGCACGCUCAGCGGAUUUGCUGGCCGCAACCCCUGAUCUGUCCACCGCGGCGGCGCUGUAUCGCGGUCCAGUAUAUGCCCUUCACGACAUCUCAGACAAAAUCCCCAUGACCAGCUCCCCUCUCCUGGAGCCGCUGCCGCUUCCCAACCUCAAGAUCAAAGUCUAUAACUCCUCUGGCACGGUGACCCCUCAGGAGGACAUGACCUCUGACCUCUCCGCCACCCUGUCCCCCAAAGUCACACACUCUCUUCUGGACAGCGACACGAUGUCCCUGCGCAAUCAAACGCUGGCACGCACACGGGACCCCACGUGUACGGCGUUAGGGUCGUUUAAUUCGCUGGGAGGUCACCUGAUCAUACCCAACUCAGGUGUGAGUCUGUUGGUUCCAGCUGGUGCGAUUCCUCAAGGUCGCGUCUAUGAGAUGUUUGUGACCAUACAAAGGACAGAGAACAUGAGGCCAGCGGUCAGUGACGGGGAGGCCGUGCUCAGCACUGUGGUCAGCUGUGGACCUGUGGGUGCCCUGUUGACCCGUCCCGUCAUCCUCACUCUCCACCACUGCGCACACGCCCACUCUGACGACUGGCAAAUCAUCCUCAAGAGCCACACGCAGCAGGACCAAUGGGAGGACGUGGUCGUGGUUGGAGAGGAGAACUUCACUACUUCCUGUUACGUGCAGCUGGGGGAGGAGGCGUGUCACAUCCUGACCGAGACUCUAGGAUCCUACUGUCUGAUUGGCCAGAGUGUCUGUCCGUCAGCAGCUAAACGAAUCAAACUGGCUGUGUUUGGUCCGGUAGUCACAGCAGGUCUAGACUAUCACAUCAGAGUGUACUGCCUCGACGACACGCAGGACACGCUCAAAGAGGUGCUGCAGAUAGAAAAACAGAUCGGUGGGAAACUGCUGCAUGAACCAAAGUCUCUGAACUUCAGUUACAGCAAUCACAACCUGAGAUUGUCAAUACAUGACAUUCACUCGCAGUGGAAGAGCAAACUACUCACCAAAUACCAGGAGCUGUCUUUCUCUCAGGUGUGGAGUGGAUCGGUGCGUCGGCUGCAUUGCUCCUUUGCUCUGGAGCGUCAGAGCGUGAGUGUGUGUGAGCUGUGCUGUAAGCUGUGUGUCAGACAGGUGGAGGGAGAAGGACAGAUCUUCCAGCUCUACACCACCCUGAGCGAAGAGGACGUCCAGAGCAUCGACACGUCCCUGAUGGACCCAGGCAGCAGUAUCACGGUUCUAACGGGUCAGAGUGCAUUCAGGAUCCCGGUCAGCAUCAGAAGCAAACUGUGCAGCAGCCUGGACGUCCCACACACACGCGGAAAUGACUGGAGAAUACUGGCACACAAACUCAACCUAGACAGGUAUCUGAGCUACUUUGCGACUAAAACGAGUCCCACCGGAGUGAUUCUGGACCUGUGGGAAGCUCAACACUUCCCACACGGAAACCUCAACCAGCUCGCCACUGUCCUGGAGGAGAUGGGUCGUCAUGACAACAGCAUCGCCGCCAUGGCCAGGGAACAGUGACCUCACUUUGGCGGUAAUAACGCUGCUAACGAUGAUGUCCUGCUUAAGUUGUGUUGCCACACGAUCAAAACAACGGCACCGUGUGCAGCAUCUUAUUCAGUUUCAAUGGAAACAUGCGGCAGUGCUGUCACUAUACGUGGAUUCCACCUGUUUGGGGUCAAAGGUGAAGCAGGAACAGGGUCGAGACCCUUCAGGCCUGUACUAGACAACCAAAACACACCCAAACCCUCCUAGUUUGCACGCGCAGGUCCCCACUUUAUCAUCCUUUACUCAUCAUUUUGUGGUGCCAUCUAGUGGUUGCAGAAACAAUUCAUGUAAUAUAAUAUUUUGACACAUGAAUACAGUAUUUAGUGUGAGUACCUUAAAGUGGCCUUUAAAAUCCAGUUACCCUUCAGAUCCGAUUUGAAUUGUAUUAUUUUUGUAAUGCAGGUAUCUGAAGACACACAGUAAAUGUUAUUUUUAUUUGUUGUUGUUGAACAAAAGUGCAUGUGAGCACUUGCCAGGGAUGGGAGAAGAAUAAUAUCGUAAGUUGUUUUGUUUUGGUUUUGAUGUUUGAUCACACUGUAAUGAUGAAGAUCUUUACUGGCCGGACUUCUGCAGCAUCUGAUGAAUUCACUGGCUCUGCAUGAGCUGUUUCUGUCGUGCUUCAGCAGUGUUUCAUCUCAACAUCUGCACAUCUCGCUCUACUAGGUGCUUUAUUUUAAAAAGAGUCAAUUUGCCCCUCACAAAAACUUACCAUAGUGACUAUAGUUUCUGUCAAAAUCUGAUAGAUACUACAGUUAUUGUUACUACUUGCAUACUGUAAUGAAUUAAUAUCAUUCUUCAAAUAUUUUUUUUUAAUGCCAGUGAAGGCUAAUAUCAAGUUUUUGUAGAAAGGUUAACAACCACAGGUUUAAGGUUUCCCUUCGAUUUUUCUACCAAAAUAAAGUUCUAUGGUUUAACGUUUGAAAACGUUUGAAAU